AUAACCGACAGCAAGAGGGCUGUGAUUACCUCUAGUUACUCUUUUAUCUGUACAGCAGAUUUCCUCCUGCAGGUCCUCCUAGCUGAAAGAGGCUUCACUGCAGCUUCGCGGUUUCCCAACCCAGGGAACAAAGUCCUCCUUGCCGACUCCUUAGCUGGGGAGUCAAAACAGUCCGGAGUUUAUUCCCGGGUGAUUUCCACGUCCCUCAGCUCUGCUCCGAAUCAGCAGGUACCAAUUCAAGAGCAACCUUCCUGAAGGAGCUGAAAGACGUUUCUUUCCACAGGGUAAUUUGUAUUUCAUCUCUCUCUCUCUCUUUUAAGGUUGCUAAUCUUUAUUAUCCUUUUAUUUGAUGCCUUUUUCCCUUUUGCAUCUUCUAAGGGGCUGCUUGUCUGUGUAGGAAUUUCGUAAAGGCAAACAUUCUCACAAAACUAGCAAGCAUACCAGCCCCUGCCCUAAGCGGAAGUUCCUAAAUUCCAUGGGGUUUAUGGCUCUACAGAAAUGUCCCAUCGCUAAUUGUCAUUUGCUUGGGUGGGUGUUUAAUUCCAGCCAAUAAGAGGGGUAGAUGCAAAUUAAUAGAGAGGGGCGGGGUCCUUAUCUGAGCUUUUUCCGGGGAGGGGGCGCUGAUCACAUUGUCUCUGCAGCUCAAGCUUUGCGACAGUAGGUAAUUCCAUUCUCACCGGGGGAGGGAAGGAGUUGUAACAGUCAGAUUUUGUUUUAAAUUGGGGCGCACUUUUUCGGAAAAAAUACACUUGGGCGAAGUGUUCCUUCGUUUGCAUUUGUUAUCCCUGAAUAGCAACUGGAGGCGUCAUUUCACGAGGUGAUGGUGACUCACGUCUUGUAACACUUGUUUAUGAAGUUGGUUUUGUAUUUAGUUCGUUGAAUUUCUUCUUAAAAUCCAGAUAUCUAUUAAAUUAGGGGAAAGAGUUGUGUGCACUGCAGUGCCGGAGGAGGAGAAAUACAGCAUUCAGAAGCAUUGUGUGCAAUAAUAUUUACAGCAGGGUCCAAAUGUUCAUCUUUUGAUAUGGUCAGGAUUAGAUUACAAAACAUCUAGUAUUUUUCAUGCUGGUGUUUAGUUUUUCUCCUUUAUGUAAAUCACUAAUCUGUUUCUCAACAGAAUUUAUACUAAGAACACUCCAUUCUUGCUAAUGCAUCAGUAGUGGUAUAGAUUACCCGGACUCCCUUGGGAGGAAGGGAAUAAUAAUAAUAAUAAUAAUAAUAAUAAUAAUAAUAAUAGCGAAAGCCUUGAACCUUGAUGGGCACUUCCACCUUGAUCUUAUUCGUGUUUACUCAGAAUUAAGCCCUGCUAAAUUCAGUUGGGUUUACUCCCAAAUUAAAUCUGCAUAGAUUACACAAUUUUGGACUGAACGCUCCAGAAUGCUAAUUAGCAGUCUUGGAUAUCCCCGCCCUUAUUGUAUAAAGGAACUACCCUGUUAAUCACAAUGAACUCGAUAAAAACAAUAAUCUGAAGAGAAACACUGCUGUCUUCACAUUAGUUUUAAAAAAUGAGUUUUGAUAUAUAAAUUCUUUUUUCUAUACUGUAUACAGACCAUGGAAGAGAACGAGCAUCCAUAUACACUGAUAAAUGUUAUAGGAGGCACAAAUGGAGUAUAUGAAGACCAUGUGGAGUUUCUGGAGAAACAUUUUAAGCUCAUUACCAUGAAGGAAUUUACUGAAAACAAGCAAGAUCUUAGUCAUAAAAUCAAAGCAAUUUUUAUGUGGUUUCACAAACCAGUGGUUGACAGGGAUCUCCUGCAAAGCUUGCCUAAUUUAAAGGUGAUUGCAAACUGUGGCGUAGGCGUGGAUCACUUGGACCUAAAACUGAUCUCCAGCUUUGGCGUGAAAGUAGCAAACACCCCAUUCGCAGUUUCCAAUCCUACAGCAGACUUGGGGAUGGCUUUGAUGCUGGCUUCUGCCAGGAGGAUUGUGGAAGGUACACUUUAGCUUUCCAAUUAACUUGAUUUAAAACAUGGUGUGAAUGCAACUGAUUGUGUACGGGUUGCUGUGCUUAAAAGUCAUAGAGUGAUCAGAUAAAGGAAAUUAUUAAAUGUCGUUUGUUGAUAAAAAACAUUUCCAAACAAAUCCACCCUAGAAAACAUAUUUGGUCUUACAAAACACCUGCCCUGUAAUUACAGUCUAUUGGAUUUUGCAAACAAUUUCUUGGACGAGGAAGUUUUUUUCUCAUGGUCUACAAGCGCUUGAUUAUAUAGGCCUAUAAUCAGAAUUAGGCAUGUGCAGAGAGGUCUAUCUGUAAAAUGUCAACAUAGUCAGCAGAAUGUCUGUAUAGGUUGGAGAAUGCCUUGUUGAACUAGCAAACACAUGGAUAAACCUGUUCUACAUCGUUUCCAAUAUACAUAAAAUAUACAGCCUAGCUGCUGAAUACUGAAAGUGGGUCACAGAUAAUUGCACUCCCACAGAUGUUUGAUUUUGAUCCACUCGCACAGGUAUCCUUUGAAGGAUGUGAUGACAUCCUGCUGUUGGUAGUACUAUAUCUUCAUAUCUGUUAAUUUUAUAUGUUUAUACUACGUUCCAGCUCAGAUUAAGAACUCCCACAGGCAAGUUCACAACAGUCCAUGUCUUAGUUCGCAAAAUCAGAGAGCAGUGAAAGACAAAGUAAAAUGUUUAGAACAAAAAUAAUAGCUAGCAAGAUUAAAACACAAGUAUCAUGACAUAAUAAAAAUGUCUUAAUUGUCAAAAAAAGGAGGGGGACAGAUAAACAGCCCUAGGGAGAGAUUUCCAUAAUUGGGGUUCUGUCAAUGAAAAGGCCCUACCCCAAACAUCCCCACCAAUCACUCCUCGGAUGAGUAUAACUGUACAUUUGGGCUAAAAAGGUGUGUGCCUUCAAGGAAGAUUUGGGACCUGGUAUGUAGUAUUUUAGAAAUCAAAGCAGUUGUUGUUCAAAUACAGCUCAGAGCUCUUAAAACCAGAGCAAUUUUCCAAGUUGGGAUGGGUAUCACACCGUAUGUUUGUUAGCUGAUCUCCUAAAACACUGCAAACCCUCAUUUUCUUUUGUCUGUCUGAAUUUCUAGGUCAUCAGAUUGCAGUUUCUCCUGACACUAAAUGUUUUAUGGCUGACUGGUUAGGAGAAGAAAUUAACGGUGCAACGCUGGGGAUCAUUGGAAUGGGCACUAUUGGGUACAAAGUGGCCCAGAGAGCCAGAGCUUUUGAAAUGAACAUUCUUUAUCAUAAUAGGAACCGGAGGUAAACCUCUGCCUGAUCUCGGUGUUUUAAUCUGAUUUUACCCACCUGAUAACUUCAGCAUUAAUUUUGUCACUGUCUGCAUAAAUCCAUUGUGCUUUAACUGAGUUUCCCUGGACUGCCUAAACAUUUACUGUGAAUGUUAAUAGAGUACCUAUUAAACAAGGCCUACUUCUCUGAGAAGUGACAAGGUCAUGAGUAGGAAUAGAAAGAUCUGUCAAUUUCCAUUCUUUCAGUUUUUCAAUCUUACAUUUGGUUCUCUAUAUCUCUGCAACAAUUGGGGAAUUAUUAUUUUUUAAUUUUCCUCAUGAGAAUUCAUCAGUAUUAUAAUGCAAAUUUUCCUGGGUGAAGACAUUUUGGAUUAAAGUACACAUUUUUGCAAGCAAUUUUUCCUAACACAAUGCAGUUUUAAUGUUAGUUUAACUAAUAUAUUCAGUUUUAUGCACACUUUCUCCUAAUAUACAGUAUUCAUUUUUGCUAACAUUGUUUGUGCAUUGCACAAUUCAGACAAGUACAAAUUCCCAAGGAUAGCUGUAUUUUCAUUUCACCAGUCCUUUCUAAUAUCAUCUCCAUGUCUAGUCACUGGGCUGGUCUUGAUUUGUUUUGGAAGGAAGAGGUCACGGGGGACUUGAGGUGUUUUGGUAAUAUCUGGGUUUGUUUACAAAUAUAAAAUGUGAUCGUAGGUGGAAGCAGAUAGCACAGGACUCCUAUAAGCAGAAAAGCCACUGCUGCCCCAUCCAACAUCCAUAGGGAAGAAGUAUUCCCAAAUGCUUUUUUCACUUACAGCUCGGCUGUUUUACUGUCCCCCCCACCGCCUCCUCCAAAAUCCUGCCUUUUUACACACACCUUAGCUGGGAGGAGGAAGAAAUAGCACUUAUUCCGCCACCCCCACCCCCCCGGCUCCUCAUAAAUUUCUGUUUUGUAGCCCUGAAUGCUGGUUGUGACUCGGAGACAUUCUUGCAACCUCCCUUCUCCCAAAAAGGAUGUAUAUUUCUGGUACACUAGCUUUAAUUUGGCAAAAGCACUUCUAGGUAGGGUUGCUAUAUUUCAAAAUGUGAAAAUCUAGACAGCUUUUUUUUUGCAAAGUUGUUGAGAUAGUUUUGGGAUUUUUUUUUGGCCAGCUUUUUUCCCCCAAAGUCUCAAAAAAAGAAGAUGUUUUGAACUAUUAUAAAGGAAAUUAACCAAAAUUUACACUUCUGACAUGGGUUGCCAUAUGUCCGGAUGUUCCUGGACCUGUUUCCUAUAGCCGAAUCCCAGCUAUGUCCGGGAAAUUCCGGACGUAUGGCAACUCCUGUCACCUGUAUAUCCAGAGGUAAUGCUGGUUCCAGGAGAAUGCCCAAAAAAUGUACAGUUCCAUCCAGAAGAACCUGAAAGUUUGUUCCUGGAUUAGUAGUUCCACUCCUAGUUUGUAUCUUCAUUAAAAAAAAAAAGUUUCAGUUUAUUAUUAGUCCUUCACUGAUCCUUGACAAAAGGUCCAGGAUUUUGUUGGGAAAGGAAAGAAAGAACUAGGUAUCAUCUGUAUAUUGCUGACACUAAAACUCACAUCCCCAGAUGACAUCUCCUGGUGGUUUCAUGAAAAUGUUUAACGACAAUCUACCGUAUAUGCUAUUUUUGUUAAAUGCUUAACUAGAGCUAAAUGUUUGUUUCCUGCAGGAAUGAGGCUGAUGAACAGGCUGUUGGUGCUGUUUAUUGCCCAAAGUUGGAAGACUUACUCCAGGGUUCUGACUUUGUCAUACUGUCUGUGAACCUGUCACCUCAAACACAAAAACUGAUUGGAAGAAAGGAGUUGGAACUCAUGAAACCCACUGCUACUCUUAUCAACAUCUCUAGAGGUAGGAUACUGAAUCAUGUUUGGGCAGUAAACCACAUUUUCCUGGAAAGAGGCUCUAGACUGACGACGCUCCAUUACUUUGUGGAGUCAACACACAAGAAUGAGAGAUGUUGGGGGAAAUCAUGUCAUCUCCAGCAACUGUCCACUGCACUUGUUUCAGGAGAUUAGUCUCCUCCUUUUUAGGCACUUCAGAGCUAGAUAAGCCUCUCCCAACCUGGUGUCCUUAAAAUGUUUUGGAGCACAAAUCUCAUCCAUUCCAGCAGGCAGCAUAGAGUGGUCCAUGGUAAGGGAUUAUGGGAGUUCUAGCCCAAACCUGGAGGGCACCAGACUGGGAAAGACUGAGCUAGAUUGGAACAGAUAUUGGACACACACUAUCGUUCUGCAGAAAUCUCGGCUGAUGGUAUUUCUAUAUUGCUGUCUAUAUUGCAGUCUAUGUUUUGGUUCAAAUAAAACAGUACGAUUUUUCAUUUAGGUCAAGUGGUUGAUCAAGAUGCAUUGGUGAACGCACUGAAAAAUGGAGUUAUUAAGGCCGCAGCUUUGGAUGUGACAUAUCCUGAGCCAUUGCCAAGGUAAGAAUGGUUCCACAUGAAAAUGUUUAAGCAGAAAUCAGAACCAAUGUUUGUCCAUUAACUAUUUGGUUUGCCAUCGAUUGCCCCAUCUUUGGCAUAAUCUAUGUCCCAAAAUGUAUUCUGACUCAUUUCUGAUUUGUCUAAGGACGGAUGAAUCAGUUUUGGUCUUCUAAGUUUCUUACUUUUCUAAUCUUAAAUUCAUUUCUCCACAUUUCCACAGCAAAUGUGCUGAUUUAAAGAAAAAAAUCUUCAUGGAAAUUCACCAGCAUUUUUGUACAAAUUUCUCCUUAAAACCACAUUUUUAUAUUUAAAAAUGUUUGUAAUUGUUUUUUACAUUUUCCCCCUUUUAUGGCUGCAACUCUUCUGUUUGUUUUUAUGUGUAUUUUGUAAUUGUAUAUUUCAUUGUUGUAGCGCACCCUGGCACUUCACAUUAAAGGGCCAGUUAGAAAUCUAAUACAUUAAAAAAAUAAAUAUAAACAUCUGGAGGGCUCCAUCACCAAGGGCAAUUUAAGAUGAAGCAGCUGGAUAUUUACUCCAAACCAUGGCAAUUGUUAAUUCUUCAGGUUACUGUAGAUGUGAUAUAGGGUUGUUAUCUAGGAUUAGUCAGGGUGGAUCCAUUAAAUUCAAUGAAUCUAAGUUGGAAUAUGACUUAGUUGGAAUAUGACUUAGUUGGGUGUCACUCGUAGUGUGUUAAUGCAAACUUUACAUUGUAAUGGCUCUGAAAUGUUAACUGGUUUGCAUAGGCAAGGUGGUAUAAUUUUAAACCCCAUGAUGCACAGACAAUACUUAUGCAAUCAGUUUAAUAACAGUUGCUCAUGGACAUUGGAAUUCCGAUUCCAAGGCCUCCUUUGACCUCAUAUGUGCAAAUCUCCUUAAGUCAUGGGUACGCAAACUAAGGCCCAGGGGCCGGAUCCGGCCCAAUCGCCUUCUAAAUCUGGCUUGCGGAAGGUACGGGAAUCAGCGUGUUUUUACAUGAGUAGAAUGUGUCCUUUUAUUUAAAAUGCAUCUCUGGGUUAUUUGUGGGGCAUAGGAAUUUGUUCAUAUUUUUUUCCCCAAAAUAUAGUUCGAUUCCCCACAAAGUCUGAGGGACAGUGGACUGGCCCCCUGCUGAAAAAGUUUGCUGACCCCUGCCUUAAGUGAACUGUGAAAUCACAGUACCUAUGCAAAUGGCUGCCAUUGCAGCAUAAAAGUAGAUCAGUCAUUCAGACCCCUUAAGCCUUGAACAUGUUAGCAGGCAAAUCAAUGGACGCAAGCAACCUUUUUUCACUAUUUCAUUGUAUAAUGCAGAUGUGAAUCGUACUUGUAUUUUGUGUAUGCAGAAAACAAUCUGAAGGUUCCUUAUUCAGUUCCAUCUCUAUGUACACUAUCUGGGACUCCUCAAAUGAAGGAGAGGAUACAAAUGUUUACAAAUAGAUUAAAAUGUGAUGUGUGACUAGCGGACACACAGAACAUACCUGUCAUUUAGAUACCUUUUUGCAGUGCUUUUUUCUGGGGCGACGCAUACCCCUAAACGUUUUAUGAAUCUUUGUACUUUUGUCCAUUUACUGUAUUUAUUUCCCCCGAUUUGAACUAUAAAAUGGUGAUUUUCUUGAGUCAAAAUGACAGUAGCCCUAAACAUUUUUUAAAGAAAAAUGCACUGCCUUUGUGACCCUGAACUGAUUUUAAGACUGGGAUUUGAUUGUGCCUGUGAUGACAUGUUUUAGUUAGUUUCCUUCCAAUUAUAGAAAGGACUGAGAGCAGUGGAUGGUUCUGUUGGCACAUGAAGGAAGGUAAUUUUCACCCUCUCUGUCCUUCAUGCUGUUCUGAAGGGUCCCGCAACCCUUUGGAGCAGAUUUUCAUGGUCAUGAGACAUUUCAGGGAGAACAAGGAAUCAAUCAAUCAAUCAAUCAAUCAAUCAAUCAAUCACAUCUUCCCCUUCUCCUGGCAGAAGCAUCCUGUGAACAGAACUCUGUAGGAAUGUUUUUGCCAGCAACUGGCUUGUUAGGAACCAAGCCUAAAUUAAUAAUCUGUUCAUUUUCACAGACUUUUUGUGGUAAAAAUAGUGGCAUAGUUUACUAAGAUUUUAAUUAAAUUUCUGAUUUAUUUUCUUUCUUCCUUCAGAGAUCAUGCUUUAUUACAUUUAAAGAAUGUCAUUAUAACUCCUCACCUUGGAAGUGCAACUUCAAAAGCACGCCAUCUGAUGAUGAGAAACAUGGUUGAAAGUAUCUUGGCUGGUGUCAGUGGUCUCCCAGUCCCUAACGAAGUGCAUGUGUAACAUUCUCCAUAUGAUACAGAUGAAAUGUUAAUUCUGUGUACAUUUUGCUGUAUCUGCCUCAAAGUUUUCGUAUGAAAAUUAUGUAUUCAGUUUUUAUUUUCAGUACGGAAAAAAGUUUGUAAUAUUCAGAUAUGAAGAAGAAAAAUGAAUGAAUAUUCUAUUUGAUGUGUUCCCUUUAUUGUAUUGUUCAAUUUGUUUCACAGGGCUUUGCUAAAUGAAAUGGAAACACAAAUUUAAAAAAUAAAAAGUUGUAAUAUGUCAUUUUUUUGUUUUUUAAAAAAUAUUGCUGAAUGAGAUCUUUAGCACUGGGAUAUUAAAUGAGUGUGCUGUAAAACAUCACAAUAAUUAUUCUGAAAAUGUCCAUGACAUUUGUAUAGCUACAAUCAGUCCAAUCCAAAUAACUUUUUUGUACUAGCCAUUGGCCAUGACAAAUCUGAAUCAAAAAUAAAUACAAGCGAGAGGGGUGUUGCACCACAAAUAA